GAAGGCGAGGGGGAGGGGGCCCGGCGGACGGUCCCGCUGCGGCCGCGGCACCCGAGCCUGCCCGUCGGGACUCCGGUGGCGAGGGGCGGAGGCGGCGGCGGCAGGAGCCGGAGCGGGGGGCGCUCGCCGCUGCCCCGGGGCCGGGACAUGUCGUCGGCGGCGGUGGCGGCUGCUUCCCGCAGGCAGUCGUGCUACCUGUGCGAUCUGCCCCGCAUGCCCUGGGCCAUGAUUUGGGACUUCACCGAGCCCGUCUGCCGGGGCUGUGUCAACUACGAGGGCGCCGACCGCGUGGAGUUCGUCAUCGACACGGCGCGGCAGCUGAAGCGGGCGCACGGCUGCUUCCCCGAGGGCCGGGCCCCGCCACCGCCCCACGCCAAGCAGCCUUCGCUCUCCGCCAAGGAGCUCCUGGCGCAGCAGCAGCAGCUCGGCCACCCCGCGGCGCCGGAGGCGGCGGCGCGGCCCCCGCCGCAGCCCCUGGAGCGCUACUCGCUGGCUGCCGAGCGGCCGCCGCCCCGGCUGGGCGCCGAGUACGGCGGCGGCCGGCACGUCAACGGGAUCCUGGUGCCCAACGGCUUCCCCAAGCCCGAGGAGCCGCCCGAGCUGAACCGGCAGAGCCCGAACCCGCGGCGAACGCACGCCGUGCCGCCCACCCUAGUGCCGCUGGUGAACGGCGCUGGGCUUCCCGGCGCCAUCGGCGGCCUGGGCAGCCGCGCCGCCGCCGCCUCGCUGGCCGCCAUUUCCGCCGCGCCCGCCCCGAUGGCCGUGCCCGUGCCCCAGCAGCCGGCGGCGGCGGCGCAGGCGGCGGGGCAGGCGGCGGGGCAGCCCGGCGAGCUGGGGCACAAGCGCCCUGGCUCCGUCUCCUCCUCCUCGUCCUCUGGUGGCGGCGGAGGCGCGGCGGGGGAGCACGACGGCGGCGCCAAGGAGAAGCGGGGCUCUGCCGAGAGCCUGCCGGCGGCGGCGGAGCUGGCCGCCGAGGGCAAGGGCCGGCCGGUCGGCGAGCAGGAGUGGCUGGCCAAGCCCAAGACAGUGCGGGACACGCUGCUGGCGCUGCACCAGCACGGGAGCCACGCCGUGCCCCCCUUCGACAGCAAAUUCAAGAAGGAGCCGGGCAUGGCGGGCGGCAGGCUGCUGGGCUACGAGACCAAUGGCUCCGUGGCCAAGCCAGGGGCCCGGGCCGCCCGGAAGAGGAAGCCUUCCCCCGAGCCGGAGGGCGAAGCUGGACCCCCGAAGAUCAACGGGGAGGUGCAGCCCUGGCUGCCCACCUCGUCGGAAGGGAUGAAGCUGCCGCUGACGGCCACCCCGUUCAUGUCGCCCCCGCCUCCCACCGCCUCGCCCCACUCCAACAGGACCACGCCGCCCGAGGCGGCCCAGAACGGCCAGUCCCCCAUGGCCGCCCUCAUUCUGGUGGCGGACAAUGCCGGGGGCAACCACGCCUCCAAAGACGCCAACCAGGUCCACUCCACCACGCGGAGGAACAGCAGCAGCCCCCCUUCGCCCUCCGCCAUGAACCAAAGAAGGCUGGGCCCCGGCAGGGAGGUGCCGGGCCAGGGGGCCAACGCGGCGGCGGCGGGCGGGCUGGAGCCCGUCCACCCCGCCAGCCUGCCGGACUCGUCUCUUGCCGCCAGCGUCCCGUUGUGUUGUACGCUCUGCCACGAGCGCCUGGAAGACACCCACUUCGUGCAGUGCCCCUCCGUCCCCUCCCACAAGUUCUGCUUCCCCUGCUCCCGGCAGAGCAUCAAGCAGCAGGGCGCCAGCGGCGAGGUGUAUUGCCCCAGCGGGGAGAAGUGUCCCCUGGUCGGCUCCAACGUCCCCUGGGCCUUCAUGCAAGGGGAGAUUGCCACCAUCCUGGCCGGAGAUGUGAAAGUGAAAAAGGAGAGGGACUCGUGACUCGCCUGCGCUCACCGCCCGACGUCACCUUGAACUCGAACUGCUCGAAUUAUGUAUAUAUCUAUAAAUAUAUAUAUAUAAAUAUAUAUAUAUCUCCAAGACAAGGGAAAUGUAGACUUCAUAAACAUGGCUGUAUAAUUUUGAUUUUUUUUGAAUACAUUGUGUUUCUAUAUUUUUUGAAGACAAAAGGUAUGUACUUAUUAUAAAGGCAUUUCUUCUAAUUCUUCUCUUUUUUUGCCGGUUUUUUUCCCCUUUUGUUAUAGCAACUAUUUGUUGUGCUUCCCUGGUGACAGUUACUGUUCAAUGUAGGCUGUGACUUGCGCUGCUUUUUUUAGAGAGCACUUGGCAAACCAGAAAUGCUUCUAGCUGUAUUUGUAUGCACUUGUUUCUUCUUUUUUUCCUUUUCUUUUUUUUUUUUUUUUAAAAUGCCAAAUACACUUUCUGACAUUGUAAAGAUUGCCUUAUUGUCUGUGAUUCCUUAUUCCUGGCCCCUGUCCUGUAGAGCUGGUCGCAUGCAGGCUUGGUCUGAGGCGGUUGGGGACAAGAGUGGCUAGCCAAGGCAGGGAUGCCCUUUGCCAUCCCACUGGCCAGGCGAGCUUAGGGAGCAGGAGGGCUUUCUCCCAGAAAUGCGUAGCUCAUGUUGCAAUGGAAGAUCCUUCAGAUCCACUCCCAAAUUGCUCACUCUUUCUCAAGGGAAGUUGCCUCCAGAGUAGGAUGUGGAGAAGUGUCCAAGAGGCGCUGUUGAGUUAGGGAUUUCUGGGUUGGUUUGUUUUUGGUUUGGUGUUUUGUUUUUUUUUUUUUUUUUAAGGCAAAGUUGACCGCAGUUCACGUGAUCAGUUGUAAGAUUACAAAACUGCAUUUAUUCACCGAUUGCAUACCAUAACGUGGAAUUUUGAUAAUGAACUUAAUUACCUGAUUGGCAAAGGCGCCAAUGUAGCACUGCCAUUUCUGAAGGCCUUCAGUGUCACUUCCGGGGCUUUUGUGUCUUUGGACUAAGCUGGGGAGGUGGGGAAGAGACUCUUUUGUUUUUAAUUUUACUUUAAUUUCCAGAUAGUGCAGAUGGACUUUGAUUUUGUUUAUCAGUCGCCUCUAGUGCUGUUGCUAUUGUUACUAUCACUGACCCGGUGUUUCCAAGUAGUGGCAGGUACGGUGUGGUACAGUGACAGCAGUGACUGAGGCUCUGCCAAAUUGCCCGCGGGCAUAUCAGUGACAGCCCAAAUGUGGGUGGAGGAAACCUGUAAUUUCCUUAUUACGUAUGCUUGAAACAAACCUACUGCUAUUCUUUGAAAAUGAAAAUAUAAACUGGUUAAAAUGAAAGCAAUUAGGGCUGUACAUAAUGGCCCCGGCCCUGCCUUUUAAGCUACUUUGGAGAACUCUUUUGUAAAGCCACUUCUUUUGAUUACGCUUCUGCAUCACCAAGCAGACUUCUAAAAUCAAUAAAUCAUUGGUUACUAGAAAUAGUUCGAGUCUUAUAGUGAUGUUUUUGUGCUGUUUAUAGUUUGUUGGCAACGCUGCAGCUGUACGAGCUCUUCUGUUGAGGUGUUUAUAACUUGGUUAUAUGUGGUUGUUUCUGAGCAAAAGGUGGUGAGGUCGUCCCUUCCCAGGGACCAGCUAAUAAACACUUUCCUUAUCGGAAGAGGAGGUGGAGGAGGAAAAAUCUGUUCAGCCAACUAUAAAUUUGAAAAAUUUUGGGUGCUUUUUAGUCAACUGUUCUUAUUGUGAUAAUGUUCAAACUGCAGUUUAAUGCAGAGUAGAUCUUUUUGGAAGACUACAGUUUUUUUAAAAAAAGAAAUGGUCAUUAUUAGUAUUUGAAGAUCCGAACUGCACAUGCACAGUAAUUUUUUAUGAAGUGUUUAAUGAGCACACCCACUACAUUGUGUUCCAUAUUACAGGUCAAUGUAAUAUUAGAUAAGACUUGCAUGAUAAACAAAUUCAUUGAAGUCAAUAUUACGCUUUAAAACUUAUAGUCAAGAUUGGUGUCUUAUGUAAACACAUUUAGCCAAUUUGAAGAAAACGCACAUUAUAUAUAUAUACCUAUAUAUAUACCUAUAUAUAAAAAAAAUGCCAACUGUAAAGGAUUCUUUGGAACCACUAUGAUCUGUGUAAAUGUGUAUUUAGGCACUUUAUUAAAAAAAAUGGAAUUUGAGCUGAUAGAUGGUAACAAGUUCUUCAAAGUUGCUUGGCAUAAUACCUCACAUGGGAUGAAGUUCAUGUUUUUGAUUAAGGUGGUAUCCCUAUACUUUAAAGAGAAGCAAAACUGAAAUCCCAAAGACUCCCUAAAAAAAAACCCUUUUGUGUUAUCAGGUGGCCCAGCUCUGAGCAUGCCGAGGGUGAGACCUGCUCCUGACAAAGUGUACCUUUAUUUUGGGGCCAAGGGAUGUUGGUGGGACUCGGUGGAGAGGCCUGUAAGGAAGCACACCUUCCUCCUCUUCCUGCCAGCCGCUUCACUUCUGCAGCUCUGGGACUCCUGGAGAGGAUGGAAACUCCCCAGCUGGUGAUGCCAGGCAGUUGCCCAGAAACAACAUAGACGAAAAGAAAUGGCACAUGGUGGCUGUGCUCACACAGCUGACUUUCAGUCCCCAGACAAGUCUAAUCUGCACCAUAAAACUUCAGAACUGCAAAAGAAAAUAAAAAAAAUAAAAACUAAAAUUUGAGGGUGUUCAUACAUAGCUCAUUUUUUUCACAUUGAAUGUUGCUUUUUUCUUUUGGUUGCUUUGCUGAAUUACAAUAAUGCUCCAGUGGAUUCUCCCUUUAUUACUAUAUUUCCUGGGCUAUACGCUUUUUUCUUUUUUUUUUCCUAUUAUUUUGAAGUGCUUUAGCUGCAACAGUGCUACUGGUAAUAUUCCUUUUUAAACUUUUUAAAAGGUGAUACUGUAAUUUGUGUAGUAUUAAAAGUGUUUUAAUGAA